AUGGCACAACCUGACCUUACAUCGCAUCACGUCAACUACCUAAUAUGGAGGUACCUCCAGGAGUCAGGUCAUGGCGAAGCUGCUGUAUCACUACAGCGUGCGUGGUAUCCGGAGCCACAGAAUCUACCAUUUGCGCGCCACAUCCAGACUCACGCGCUGGUGUCGUUGGUCCAAAAGGGCCUGCAAUAUCAUGAAUUAGAGUCAUCAAUUGACAAGGAGGGUAAUCCCAUUAAAUUUACACCUUCCGACUUUUUUUUCGGCCCGGAGCCCUUUGAGCUGGCCGCUUUGAAAAGCCGGGAUGAAGCUGGCACAGACCACCCCGCGCCAGAGCCUGCGCGUGACCGCGUAACUAACGGUCAUCCACCGGAGGCUCCCGGAAUGAAGCGCAAAGGCGAAACCAAUGGCGACUCGAUGGAUGUGGACGCCGAGACCGAAAGCAAGUCGGGUUCGCCUAACCCGGAUGUGGAUGUGGACGGGGACGUGAGCAUGGGGGCCGAUGAGGUGCCUCAGGAACCCACAAUCAGCACGGGCGCCAGCGCCAGCGUCCAGAUCUCCCCCGCCAAGUCUGCCGAUUUGACAUCCGAUACCGCCUGCCUAGAUCUGGAUGAUCACGUGAUCAAUACCGCUUGGCGACCUGGAGACCCGACAAUGCUUGUGACGAGAGGAGAGUCCUUUUGCAGCCUGUGGAAACUGUCCUCGUCAUCUGCGCCUGUGCAGAAUAAGUUUGUUGAUCUUAAGACUAGCGAGUCAUAUGUAUCUGCUGUCGCCUGGGAUGGCAUCGGUGACAAAUUAGCCGUGGCCUCGAUGCGGGACAUGAAAGGAGCGAUUACCAUGUACAACGCUGAGGGGAACGUGGUGGAUAUGCUUCCGGAUCUCCCUCGAAUUAUCAAUGGUCUGUACUGGGCAGGAAACACCCCUCAGCUGGUGAUCGUUGCGUCGAACGAAAAGGACUGCGAGCUGGCACUCUGGGACGGUACCCAACGACCUGACGAGUACCAAACCAUGGUCAUUAGAAACCGAAUCUACGACCUGGUAUGGACUGGACGGAAUGAAAUCUUUGCGUGUGGCGAUGGGAUGGUCUAUCAAUGUAGUGUGGACCGGAACAUUCACUUGAUCAAGGAGUACACGUCCGACAGGGAAACCCCUUGGACCUUUAUUCGCUCUACCGAAACCAGCCAUGGUCCUGUCGUAGUGGUGGCAGGCUAUGAAAGUGCGGCAGACUCUGAGACAGCCGUGAUCUGGAUCCCAACCCACGACAUUAUCAUUGAAAAUGCACAAAAGGAGCCGAUCACGGCUAUUGACAUCCGGCCUCAGUCACCCGCACAACGACGAAACUCUUCGAUCACAGGGAAAUCCCCAAUCGCUAUUGUUACAUACUCAGCAAAUGGCACCACCAACGUGUGGGACGUAGAUCUGGAAAAAAAGGAGUUUCAACGCGUUAACAAUCGAUUCCACCUGGCUUCCGACAUCCCCAUUUUUGCUGGUGGCUUCUCACCUGAUGGAUACGCUCUUGCGGGAGUUAGCAAAGACCGUCUCUUUAUCUGGAAUGCCGAGCGCGGCGGGGAUCACAUGGCUGUCUGGACUGCUCCAGGUUCAAAAGAGGUAAAGGAAGAAGCCGAUGCCCCAACAAACGGGCAGAAUGGUCAUACAACGCGAACCGAAUGCACACUAUCAUGGGAUACCGAUGGAAAAAAGCUUGCAUAUGGGUUUGGAAAUAAGAUGGCUAUCGUUAAUCUCCAGCGGUGA